AUGACGUCCCGCGAAGAAACCGUCCUAGCUCCCACCGAUCCCUCUAUUACCGAUGAGAACGAUUGGUGGGAGUUCGGCCUAACUGAUGUGAAGGUCCUAAAGCCUGGGAAGAUGCUAUAUGCAAAUUUACUCGAAGCCACUGAACAGAACCCAGUGCAGGUUAUCGGCUGCUUAGAGCCACUUCGUGAGAAUCAGGAACACUUAGUACUCAACCCGGACAACCCUCCUAAGCGCAUUAUUAUUGAUGAAGUUACACACUAUGCCUACGGUCAAACCGAAGAUAAGAGCAUUGAGCUCUGGGUUGCUGGUAAAGCGGGCUGGUACGACAUCAUUUCGCCCGCCAAGGGUUUCACACCCACAUACAAUCGCAUGGUCCAGGCUAUCGACAUGCUGUAUUUCCUAGUCGAUAGGCAUCAGCAAGGAAAGCGACAGAUCAAUCCAUCUUUUAGGAGUCUCUGCGAACAAUACACUUACCACACAUAUGGCUCAUGUGAGACUCGAGAACAGUCAGCCGAGGUCUUUGCGAUACAUGCUGCCUUCUUGCUUCGGUGCAUGAUCCAAGGGGAUGCAGAUGUAGAAUGGAAGAAGACGAAUGUCUUCGUCCAUCUGCGUCGCCAAUUUAAUGAUGAUUAUAAUAGGCUGAUGGAAGAACUUUCGCCCUCUGAGGAAAGCGAAAGCGAACCCCAAGAAGAACCAGAAGUGGCAACUCCUCGACACCAGCCUGUAGCAAUCUCAAAAUCACAAGCCGAGGCCAUUUACCAGUUGCUCAAGGACCUCAGAGAAGAAGGUCACUUGGCAAAGCGUCGCUUGCAUAUUGACCUCCUGGGAGAACGUUUGGCAGAACGAUUCUCUUUCAACAACGAAGAUGCCCAGAAAAUCAUUGCGAUCAGGGCAAGCGCUGUGUUGGAAAUGAUGGACGAAGAAGACUUUAGAUGGCCUCGCUAUGUCAUCCAUAGGGAGCUCACACAUGCAUCCACGAAAUCCGCUCCUCUGCCAGCCGCACUCCUAACCCCCCUGGAUUCGCAGGAGGAAUCCAGCGACGAUGAACGGUACGGCCGGACCCAGAAAUCCGUGCUUCGUCCAAAGGUCCACACAGUCUCCAACAAACAAACAAUCGAAUCCAACGACGAGGAAGACCAAGAGGACACCGAUGAAAUCGACGAUAUCGAAGAAAUCGAGGAAAUCCAAACACCUAGCAAAACCCGUGGUCAUGAAUUAAUCCGAGAUCCAUUCUCAGCCACGAAGCCUCGGACUCGCUCGUUCGUGUCAGCCUCCUCGAGCGGCGCCGGCUCCUCUCUUAUGAAAAGCCUGUUUAAGGACAAUGUCAAGAAAGACAAACUCCAGACUCCUCCCGUAUCUUCGUCGCCAUCACACCAAAAGCUUCUGACUCCAGAGCGGGAUCCAACUCCAGAUAUGCCACAGGAAAUUGAAGAAGAAUCCGUCGACGAGACAUCUGAUACCUGGACAUGCCGCAUGCCCGGAUGCGAGAAGGUGAUCUCGACCACCGACAGAAUCGAGCGCAAGAAGCUUAUUGGCGACCAUGCCGGAGAGCACGAAUGGGAGACGCAGAUGAAGGUGGAGCUGAUGGAAUCGGAGAAACGCAUGCACUCUUCCUUCCCCGUCAACAACCUCAUGCAAUACGUCGUUGACGCGCAUGUGCUGCAAAUGCGGGCUGCAUUCCCGGAGUUCUAUUCUGCAGGUAAAGAAAACGGCGCUACUCAAAACGGCGAAGACCAACUGAAUGGAGAAGCAUCCAUCCCAGAGACCGAGGGAUUAGAGGAGAAUGACGAGGAUGAAGAGGAUGAUGAAGAUCAGGAGCUUGACGACCUUGCGAACGGCUAUACCUGA